GAUUAUUACUUAGAGAAUUAAUUUUCUCCUUUCUAAUUUUGAUAGCACCCCACAACAAUGCCUCCUAGAAGAAACACCAAGUCUGCGGCUAGUCAGGGAGUUGGCCUCCAACGAGGGAGACCACCCCGAGCUAGGCAAGUUGGGUUAGAUGGAGGCAUAGCUACUGGUAUACAAAGUGAGCCAGUGAAUUUGAAUGUGGGAGGAGGUGGUGAGCAAAAUGAGUCCCAGCAUUCAUCCACUGGGAAUCAUGAUCAACAGAGGAUUAAUGAUGAUGGAGGACAAAUGGGACAACAGGACCAACCUACUGUUAGAGAUUUGAUGCAAGCUUUUGUAGAUGCAAUGUCAGGGUCAAAAUGUGGAUUGACAGACUUUGUCAAAUUAACAAAACCUUUUGAUGGUUACUCCACUGAUCCAGUGGUAGCUGAGGACUGGAUUGAUGAUAUUGAGAAAGCUUUUAAGGGGAAAGGUGUGUUGGAGGAGAAAAAGGUACCGUUUGCUGCUUAUAUGUUGAAAGCGGAUGCUAACAAUUGGUGGAAAGCAGAGGAGCGUAUUCUUAUUGCUCCAAUAACAUGGGAGAAAUUCAAGGAGUCUUUUUAUAGAGAUUUUAUCCCUAGCAGUGUGAGGGUUGAAAUGCAAAGAAAAUACUUCAAUUUGCAACAGGGCAAUAGAAUAGUGGCUGAUUAUGAGAAAGAGCUUUAUCGACUCUCUAAAUUUGUUUCAGCUGCUAUUCAGGGGGAUGAAGAGACCAAAAUUCAGAAAUUUACUUUUGGGCUCAACCUUGACAUUCAGCAUGAAGUAAUGACCUCGGGUCUAAAGACCUAUUCUGAGGUUGUUAACAAGGCUAAGCUAGUGGAGCAAGCUCUUAAACUCACUAAGACCGGGGAAGGGUCAGGUAGUGGGGUGAAGAGGCAAAGAUGGCUUGAAGUACAGGGUGGAAACAGAUUUGGAGGUUUGGGCUCUGGACAAAAUAAGAAACAGAGCACUGGAUUCUCUACAUAUUCUGGGGUUAGGAAUCAACAAGGAGGAAAUCUUAGAUGUUGGAAAUGUCAAGGACCUCAUGAGGCUCGAAAUUGCAGGUGGCUGAAUGGUGCUUGUCUAACUUGUGGGCAAAUGGGACAUCGAGCUGUUGAUUGUCCUCGUAAUAGGACUUCUUUUGGUGCAUGUUUUAAUUGUGGGCAAGUUGGACAUCAUGCUAUGGAUUGUCCUCGAGCCAAGAACUUAGGAGGUGCAUGUUUCAAUUGUGGACAGAAAGGACAUAAAGCAGUGAUUGUCGUCGGGCAAGGCAGAACUCUAGAGUUCCUCAAGUGACACAGCCUGUGGCUAGUGAACGGGCAUCUGCUUUGGGAUCGAAUAAAGGAAGUAACCAGAGACCUACUGCUCAAGGUCAUGUGUUUGCCAUAACUCGGCAAGAUGCUGAAGCCUCUGAUAAGGUGGUGACAGGUACAUUACUUGUUUCAACAGCAUAUGCUUAUGUAUUGUUUGAUACUGGUGCUUCACACUCUUUUGUAUCCACAAGUUUUGUAAUGAAACUUGGUAUGUCUG